AUGGCCGAACCAUCUCCAUCCUUGAAUGGCGAUGCGACUGGGGUUGAGCAGAUGGCAAAUGACCUCUUCAAAAUUUCAUUAACGGAGCAAAACAAGGCAGAUUUGUUCGCAGAUGCUUUAGAUCGACUGGCCUGUACUCACGAAGAGGCCGAGAUUACCCUGCACAACCUCCAAGCUUGGGCACCGGACGUUGCCAAGUCAUUCUCAAAGCGAACUUCAAGCACCAUAAUUCAAACACCCUUCCGAGUAAUUUGCUCAAAGCAGCCGGUUGAGAACCGAAUUGGAACCGCGACGGAACCCACUCCUCAGCGUAUGCAUCCGUUCGACGCUGGCUUUGUCCUCAGACAAUACCUCGCCAUCAGCUACAGCUGGCAUAACUCGGAAUGGCCCGCCGCACCCUAUUCGGCGCCCGCUCCUGGCAGUAUUUGGCCCAUUGGCAGACGUUUCGCAGAAGCCAUCGUAUGUGAGCGUGGGCAUAUACGAGAAGGUAUAUGGAUGGAUCAGAUCUGCAUCGACCAAGAAAACAACAGCGAGAAGCAGCUUGCCAUCGCGUGUAUGGAUGUUGUCUACAGGACAUGCAGAAAGCUAGUGGUUCUUCUUGAAGAUGUUGAACUUACAGAGGAUGAAGCUGAACUGUGCCGAAAGUAUGAGGCCUUCGCCUAUAAACUUGAUCACCGGCCGCAGGACACCACGGAAGCCGCUCUGCUUAUAUCGUUGCAUGACAAAGUUGCGGCGGCUCGAUGGUGGCAGCGAUCUUGGUGCUUUCACGAAUUCGUUGUUGGUGAGCCAUGGAGCGACAAGAGGCACCAAACUGUCCACAAUACUGUGUUUGUGAUUGGCCUCGGCGAGACAAGAACUCUGAGGGUGGAGUGGUCGACUUUGCAUUCCAUCUUAGCAACAGUCACUCUUCAAUUAGGCCAUCGAAACGAACACAGCCAGUACCUUAAUCCAAUUCUUGCCGGCUUUUCAAACCGGACUUCUCCCCUUAUGGAAAGCCGCCACCCUCGAGCCGGGGCUCUGGUUUCUAGCUUCAUGGCCCGGUUCAACGCCGUGUGUCAGACAGCGUGCACAAUGCCCGGCGACAGACUUUCCGUAUGCAUCAACCUGAUUGGAAUUGGUCUGGCAUAUUUUCGGCAGCAUGAGCCCACCGAGGACGAGGUGUACCACCUUGCUGUGCUGCUGUCACUAGCGGCAGGAGAAAAGGCUGUUUUGUCGUUCGUUAAUUCAGAGCCGCUCAAGAUUGCAGGGAAGCUGUCAUGGAUGAAUAGAUCCAUCGCGGCAGCUGAUACGACACUGGACAAGUUUCCUCUUGGGAAAGUCCAAGGCAUCCACAAUAUUUCUGUGGACCAUUUGGAACUCGACAUGAUGUUUUUUGCUGGCUCAUUUACAGGGUGCAGCGAAGAGGAAAUUAACGCAACCCAUAGGAUCUUCCCGGGCGCUAUCAAGAGCACUUUGCCCCCCCUGAAAACAGAAGCGAUGAGAAUGCCAGCAUUCCGUACCGACGAAGAAAUGGAAAUGCCACGUCGUCAGUUUUUAGCUUCAAUAUUGGCGGGCGGGACGGGUCUUGCAAAACGUAUCUGGUCUCAACUUCAAGGCGAAGUGAUUCGUUGGAAAUACAACACCGGGAUCUUUGCAGACUUUGAGAUCAACGACGACCUCCGAAUACCCUCUGAAGAGUUCCAACGGGCUAUACAAGAGAGACGGGGAGACCAGGAGGACGCGUACUCCAUCGAAGCAGCUCUCGGUCUGAUAACAUGGAUCACCGACCCGCGGUCGAUCUACUGGAUGUCUGCUCCUAUAGCCCGAAUCAAAUCUACAAUGGAGGGAGACGUUGCAAUUCUCAGUCAAUUCCUGUUGACGCAGAAUUUCAAUGCAGUCAACUCUGAAAGUCAGCUGCAAGUUGCCGUUCCAACCGACCUGAGUCAACCAGCAUUCGUCGCAAGUAACAGCGGCAUCGAUUUCUUCUCACAGAAUCUUGCCUCAAUUUUAGAUGGACAGUUCGACUCCGAGUUCUGGAGCAAGCUCGUCUUGCAACUAUCGCACUCCGAACCUUCAAUUCGACACGCGGUAUCCGCCAUCAGUCUCAUCUAUCGUGACGUCGAGUCAUCUUUGCAGCAUCCGGCAGGCUUUGUUAAUGCCAACCCCGAGGCUCGGAAAGAAUGGAGUAUUGCAAUUAAGCUUUUGUCAGCGCGGAUUGAGACCAAUCCCAGCUCUAUCUUGGUCCCUUUGGUUUGCUGUCUUCUAUUCACGUGCAUUGAGUUCCUCAGGGGCAAUGCCGAAUCUUCCAUGAUUCACAUUCAUAGUGGUUUCAGCAUUCUAGCGCCUCUCCGCCACAACGAUGAAGGAUCCCAAGAUUCCACCUCAAGGUUCUCAGCUCAGGAUCUCAACGACAUCGAAGAUUACAUUGUUCCAAUGUUCUCGCGUCUUAGCGUACUAUGCUGUCUCGCUGGGAGGGUUACCCCAGCGAUAUACGCACAUUCGGAUGAAGGAGACUGUCCUCAUAAAGAUCUUGAUAAUGCCAGACGGCGACUCUUCGACAUAUCAGACACCUGCAUCCGUUUCAUUCGCGCAACCGGUCCCAAAGCAGAUGCAUUCCAGAUUGGCAUCGACGACCUUAUUGAACAGGCGAAACUUCAAACAAAACUAGACGCCUGGCACAAGCGACUAGAGGACCUGCUGCAGCGGAUUCAGACUACCGGUAAACCCGUCAAGCAGGACGCUGUCAACAUACUCUUAGUAAAUUACAAGGCCAUUUACAUCUGGACGCGAGUCUGCACCACAUCUCAAGAAACGGCCACGGAUUCUUAUCAAGCCGACUUCGAAGAACUGAUACAUUAUGCGGAACAAGUCAUUAAGCCCAAGGAGGAAAUGGCAACACCGCAACUUCUAUCUUUCGACGUGCAACUGUUAGGGCCUCUGUUCUACGCUGCGUUGAAAUGCCGUCAUGCCGCAGUGCGAGGGCGAGCUUUGGAAUUGUUGCGGCUGGCACCUAGACGAGAAGGUUUAUGGAACGCCCAUCACGCGUACCUCACAGCCAAACGAGUGAUCGAGCUGGAAGAAGAACAUCUAGACCGACACGGAUUGCCAGACGAGACUUCCAGACUCCAUGGCUUGCCUCUGCCUGAUGACGAGUCACGGAUCUACAACGUAUGCGAGCUGCCAUUUGACUUCCGGAAGUUUGAUCAAAGCAUUGUGCCUAGCCCGACCUAUCCAGGCACGCUUGAAGCAAUGUUCCAGACCAAGCCAUGGGGCCUGCUAGGGGAGUUUCAGACAAUCACAGAAUACAUCAAGCUAUAA